CCGGGCGGGAUGGAGCCUGACUCGGUGUGCGGGGUUAGACUGGGGAAGUCCCCGCACACGCGGGUCGGAGGAUGCUUCUGGGGCAGGAACUGAGGCUUAGAGACCGGGUGGGGGAGAGCAGGAAGAGGCCUUCCACCCCUCGGCUGCGGUUCCCCCCAAACUUCCGCCCCAGGCCAGUUCUUCCCAGCAUCAGCCUGACACCCACCUCCACCCCAGUCCUCAGGUUCCGCCCAGGGGCUCUCCUGGGUCCUGGGGGGCGGGGGUGGGGGAGCCCAGGGUGUUCAGACUCGUUUUGCUGCUUUGCUGGUUUGUUUCGAAGGCAGGUUCCCACUCCCGUUCACCAGCCGGGCCUGCAACGCCAUCACGCAGCCCGAGCUUGGCCUCGAACUCACGGCAGUCCUCCUGCCUCAGCCUCUCGAGUGCUGGGGUGCCGGGCGCGCUCCCUCACGCCGGGCCCGGGCUGCUCCUCUUCUUAAAAUUUCCUUCGGUCCGUCGGUCGGUGCAGGUCUCCCAGCCGGACUCUUCCCCAGCCAGCUAGGCCGAGGCCCGCGCUCGCCGCCAGGUCCCCCUCCCGGCGGGGGCGGCGCCGUGACGCGCGGGGCGGGAGCAGGAAGGGGGGGUGUCGCUGACGCCAGGGCGGCCUCCGGCGGCUCCGGCCUUUUGUGCGGGCGGGCGGGCGGGCGGCGGGGUCCGGUGGGGGCGGCGGCCGUGGCAGGCGAGGCCCGGGAGGCCCAGCUCCGCGCAGCCGGCCGGGUCCUGCCCUGCAGCCGGGGCGCCGCAUCCAUGUUCGACACCACACCCCAUUCUGGCCGGAGCUCCCCAAGCAGCUCUCCUUCUCUGCGCAAGCGGCUGCAGCUCUUGCCUCCAAGCCGGCCCCCUCCUGCUCCUGAGCCAGAACCAGGCACCAUGGUGGAGAAGGGGUCUGACAGCUCCUCAGAGAAGAGUGCGGUGCCGGGGACACCCAGCACCCAGAGCCUGGGCAGCCGGAACUUCAUCCGCAACAGCAAGAAGAUGCAGAGCUGGUACAGUAUGCUGAGUCCCACGUACAAACAGCGCAACGAGGACUUCCGGAAGCUGUUCAGCAGACUCCCCGAGGCCGAGCGCCUGAUCGUGGAUUACUCCUGCGCCCUGCAGCGGGAGAUCCUUCUCCAGGGCCGCCUCUACCUGUCUGAGAACUGGAUCUGUUUCUACAGCAACAUCUUCCGCUGGGAGACCACGAUUUCCAUCCAGUUGAAGGAAGUGACCUGUCUCAAGAAGGAAAAGACGGCCAAGCUCAUCCCCAAUGCCAUUCAGAUCUGCACGGAGAGCGAGAAGCAUUUCUUCACCUCCUUCGGGGCCCGAGACCGCUGCUUCCUCCUUAUCUUCCGCCUCUGGCAGAAUGCACUGCUUGAGAAGACACUGAGUCCCCGGGAGCUCUGGCACCUGGUCCAUCAGUGCUAUGGCUCAGAGCUGGGCCUCACCAGUGAAGACGAAGAUUACGUCUGCCCCUUGCAGCUGAACGGUCUUGGGAGCCCCAAAGAGGUGGGAGAUGUGAUCGCGCUCAGCGACAUCACCCCCUCAGGGGCGGCUGACCGGAGCCAGGAGCCAAGCCCUGUGGGUUCAAGGCGUGGCCGGGUCACCCCGAACCUCUCUCGAGCCAGCAGUGAUGCUGACCACGGGGCCGAGGAGGACAGAGAGGAGCAGCCGGCCAGCCAGCUGGAUGCCUCCUCCAGCCAGACGGCGACCCCGGUAGCAGAACCUCUGAGUACCGAGCCGGCGCCAGCAGACGGGCCCGCCUCCCUCGGCCCCUUGGAUCUGCUGUCCCGAGAGGAACUGUUGACAGACACAAGCAACUCAUCUUCGUCCACUGGGGAGGAAGGGGACCUGGCUGCCCUGCUUCCCGACCUCUCCGGCCGGCUCCUCAUCAACUCUGUCUUCCACAUGGGCGCUGAGAGGCUGCAGCAGAUGCUCUUCUCCGACUCGCCCUUCCUCCAGGGCUUCCUGCAGCAGUGCAAGUUCACAGACGUGACCCUGAGCCCAUGGAGCAGUGACAGCAAGUGUCACCAGCGCCGAGUCCUGACCUAUACCAUUCCCAUCAGCAACCCGCUCGGCCCCAAGACCGCCUCGGUGGUGGAGACGCAGACGCUGUUCCGGCGAGGCCCGCAGGCGGGCGGGUGCGUGGUGGACUCCGAGGUGCUCACCCAGGGAAUCCCGUACCAGGACUACUUCUACACUGCGCACCGUUACUGCAUCCUGGGCCUGGCCCGGAACAAGGCCCGGCUUCGCGUGUCCUCGGAGAUCCGCUACCGAAAGCAGCCGUGGAGCCUGGUGAAGUCUCUCAUCGAGAAGAACUCCUGGAGCGGCAUUGAAGAUUAUUUCCACCACCUGGAGCGGGAAAUCGCCAAGGCAGAGAAGCUGUCCCUGGAGGAAGGAGGGAAGGACGCUCGGGGGCUGCUGUCGGGCCUGCGGAGGCGGAAGCGGCCCCUGAGCUGGAGGGGCCACGGAGAUGGGCCUCAGCACCCGGACCCUGACCCCUGCACCCGGGCCAGCAUGCACACCUCAGGUUCCCUGAGCUCUAGAUUCUCAGAACCGUCGGUGGAUCAGGGCCCCGUGACAGGCAUCCCCACCGCUCUGGUUCUCAUCAGCAUCAUCCUCAUCAUCCUCAUCGCUCUCAACGCCCUCCUCUUUUACCGGCUCUGGUCUCUGGAAAGGACUGCCCACACCUUCGAGUCUUGGCACAGCCUGGCACUGGCCAAGGGGAAGCUUCCCCAGACAGCCGCGGAGUGGGCCGAGAUCUCGGCCCUGCAGAAGCACUUCCACAGCGUCGAGGUACGCAAGUGGCGGCAGAUCCUUCGCGCAUCCGUGGAGCUCCUGGACGAGAUGAAGUUCUCCUUGGAGAAGCUACAUCAAGGAAUUAGCAUCCCGGAUCCUCCCCUGGACACUCAGCCACAGCCGGAUGACAGCUUUCCUUGAGGACACCUGAUCGAAAAGCCGUACCCCCAAAAUGGACAGAAGGACACACGGAACCCUGGCAGCCACUGCUGGCACGGUGGGAACGCCGCCGGGAGGUCCCUGCCUGCCCCUCCCAGCGGCCCCUGCCAAGAGCCACACGGACCUGGGGACCGUAGAACCAAGAUGCACUUUAGGCCCGGGUGUGCAGUCCAGCUGCCGCCGCUGCUCAGCCGGGGAGCUGGCCUGGCUCUCGGCAGGCUCCCCCUCCAACUAACUUAUUUUGCCCAGCUGGGGUUGUGGGGGUUCACCUUUUGGGGUGCACGAGACCCUCAUCUCUGGGUUUAUUGUAUUAUAUUUAUUUGGGGAUAACAACCCCCAAUAAAGGGUUGGAAAUGGC